AUUUCCUUUGACCAAAAUGUUCUCAGCCAGUAAUAGUAGUACUCAUGAUAACUCUCUUCCUCAAUACAUUUCCUCAUCCUUUCACACCUCUUCUCCCUUUGUUGGUCUCAAUGGCAACCAAAUUCUCCUUCAUCAAUAUUACCAAAAUCAAUUUUCUAGUCAUUACUUGGCAAAGAACAAUUGUGAUGAUUCCUUGAGGUCAUUUCCCAUGAAGAAGAAACCGAAGAAAAGGGAGAGGUCAUGUAGUAAGAUUUUGACGGCUCAAGGUCCAAGAGAUCGAAGGAUAAGACUCUCCAUUGCCAUGGCUCGAAAGUUCUUUGAUCUUCAAGAACUUCUAGGUUUUGACAAACCAAGCAAAACCAUUGAUUGGCUAUUUACACACUCCCAAGUAGCCCUUGAGGAGCUCACUAAUUGGUCAACUCAUCAGACUCAAAUUUCAGGAGCAAUCAACAACGAGGGUUUAGAAAGAAAUCCCAAAAGAGCAAAAGAAGUAACACUAAAAGAGUUAAGGGCAAAGGCAAGAGCAAGAGCUAGGGAAAGAACAAUCAAGAAAAUGUGGACCAAAAUUGAAACUAGCCACAAAUCAGCUAAUUUUUUUGGAAAGAAAGAUAGUAGGGAAAUGGAAGAACAAUUUUUCAAGAACAAAUUACAAGCAAACAAAGAAAUAAUUGAGGGAUCUGGAGUUACAAAAAUUAAGAUCAAGCCUUCUUUAAUCUUGGGUUUUAACCCUAAUCAUUAUGCUCCAAUAGAGUCAAGCACCUACCAAGUUGGCUCUUCCUUAUCACAAGGAUUUCAUAAUUGCUGA